UACUGUUAAGAUUCCGUCAGCACAAAUACGUUCUUACUGGAGACAUAGAAAAAAUGUAUAGGCAAAUAAUGUGUCAUCCGGAUGAUAGGAAUCUUCAAAUGAUACUAUGGAGAGAAGACGAAUCGCUACCAAUUAAAAUGCUAAAGUUAAACACUGUGACAUACGGUUUUGCUAGCGCCAGUUACUUAAGUACAAGGUGUUUGUGGCAGCUUGGAGAAGAGUGCUCCGAUGACUUAGUCAAAACAAUUAUUCAGCAUGAUUUUCUUGUAGAUGAUUUAAUUACGGGUGCAGAUACUGAGGAACAGCUACUAUACAUAUUAGAGUCAGUAUCAGAAGCUUUAAGCAAAGGAUGUUUUCCUCUUCGAAAAUUCAGAUCAAACAACCCGUCUAUCUUUAAAUCUGCAAAUCUAGAUUUACAAAAAAAUCUCACUCUAAGUGAUUCAACUAGUGCUCUUGGCUUAGGGUGGAACCCUUCAUGUGAUAAUCUAUAUUUUCCAGUCAACAGUCAAGAUAGCAAUGAUAGCGACAAAAUAGUGACUAAGAGACUAAUAUUGUCUCAGUCACUUAAAAUAUUUGAUGUACUAGGCAUUCUCUGUCCAUUUACUAUUCAAUCAAAAAUUUUAAUUCAAAAAUUGUGGAUACUAAAGCUUGACUGGAAUGAUCCAGUACCCAACGAACUUAAAAAAGAAUGGGAAAAAAUUAGGAAUGGUCUAUUGUAUCUUCAACAAAUAUCAGUCCCUCGACUUUCAUUAAUAGACUCCCCUGUUCAAAUUGAGCUGCACUCCUUUAGUGACGCCUCCAUGCUAGCUUAUGGAGCAUGUGUUUACUUACGAUCAGUGAAUGUCAGUGGGCAAGUAGUUGUUCGCUUGCUCUGUGCAAAGUCUAGAGUCUCACCAAUAAAGCAAUCCACAAUUCCGCGACUUGAGCUUUGUGGUGCUCUUCUAGCUGCAAGAUUAUGCCAAGCGGUCGUUGAAUCGCUACGAUUAUCCUUCACCAGGCUUGUUCAUUGGUGCGACUCCACAGUAGUCUUAGGAUGGCUCAAAACGAGUCCGACCAGUCUUAAAACCUUUGCCGCCAAUAGAGUAGCUGAAAUAAUAGAGAUUACUCAAUCUGAUGCCUGGCGUCAUGUUCCUACCGAUUCAAAUCCCGCGGAUCAUGUUUCAAGAGGGGUUUCUGCUAAGCAGCUGCAGAACUUGGAUCAGUGGUGGACAGGUCCAAGUUUUUUAACAGAGGCAGAAUCACAAUGGCCUCAACUCAAAAUUCCAAUCAAGACAGAAUUACCUGAAUUAAAAUCGCAUGCUGUCAUUACAUCUGAUCCACCCGUAGUUGAUUUUGAACGAUUUUCAAAAUAUAGGCGUUUGGUACGUUCCUUUGCCUACGUUUUACGAUUUAUACAUAAUAUAAAUAAAUCCAACUCCAAACUUUCCGGUGAUCUUAGCUUAGAAGAAUUAGAUAAGUCCUAUUUUGAACUUAUUAAAUUAUGUCAAAGUCAAAGCUUUCCAACGGAAAUUAAUUCACUAAUGAAAAAACGGCCAUUAAGUUCAAGAAAUCGAAUCAUAAAUCUAAAUCCAUUCCUAGAUGAGAACGGCAUUCUAAGAGUAGGUGGUAGAUUGAAUCUUUCAACUUACGAAAACGAUAAAAAAAACCCGAUUCUGAUUUGUGCAAAACAUCAUUUCUGCAAAUUAAUUUUUGAACACAAGCAUAAUCAAGAAUUAAUGCAUGCUGGUCCUCAAGCGCUACUGUACGCAGUUAGGGAAAACUUAUGGCCGGUAAACGGACGAUUACUCGCUAGGCGCGUAGUAAAAGGCUGUGUCAAGUGCAGGCGACUUCAGGGUCAAACACUUCAUCCUCUAAUGGGAAACCUUCCCACGCAACGAGUCACGCCAGCAUUUCCGUUCGAAUCAGUGGGAAUAGAUUUUGCAGGCCCAUUUUCAAUACUUAGCAGGAAAGGACGAGGCGCAAAAACUUCUAAAUGUUACUUGUGCUUGUUUAUAUGUCUAAGAUUCAAAUGCAUUCAUUUAGAAGCUGUAAGCGAACUAUCAAAGGAAGCUUUUAUUUUAUCCCUUCGUCGUUUCAUUAGCCGUAGGGGGAAACCUCUAGAGAUUUUGUGUGACAAUCGAAGAAACUUUGUUGCUGCAUCCAAAGAAGUAGGUCAAUUUUUAAAGACAAAUUCAGCGCCCCUAUCUGACUUUGCAACCAAUGAAUCAAUAAAGUUCAAAUUUAUACCAGCUUACGCUCCACACUUUGCUGGUUACUGGGAAGCCGGCAUAAAAUCGGCUAAAUAUCACAUAAAAAGAGUCAUGGGAAACACUAAUUUAACUUUCGAAGAGCUAUGCACUCUCUUCGCACAAAUUGAGGCUAUCCUCAAUAGCCGACCCCUGUCUCCCAUGUCUUCCUCUCCUACAGAUCUCCUUUCUCUCUCCCCAGGGCAUUUCCUGAUUGGCCGACCACUAAGAUCACUGCCGUCACCCUACGUGGAAGAACAAAACAUCAGUCCACUACGGCGCUACGCCAGACUCGAGCAGAUCCGCCAACACUUCUGGCAACGAUGGCAGCGAGAGUACAUCAGCGAACUACAGCAACGUUCCAAGUGGCGAACCAAUCACUCCAGCCUACAGAUCGGAGACCUUGUCCUGAUCCAAGAAGACAACACAUCACCUCUGAACUGGGCACUUGGCAGAGUGUCACGUCUCUAUCCCGGCGCUGAUGGCAUCUCUCGAGUCGCUGAUCUCGAGACUCUGAAGGGUCGCAUCCGAAGACCGUUUGCCAGACUCUGUCCACUCCCAAAGGGCGACGAUGACCAGAUUUCUUGAAGAACGAAUCUUCAAGCGCGGGGACUAUGUUCACGCCAAUUCUACAUAUGCGUGAGACGGAACGCGCCACCUCCUCCUGCCCUCUGAUGACGUCACGAAGCCUAUAUAAGCGGGCCCCGCGAUGCCCCGCUCCUUUUUUACUUACGCUAAUCAUACUUACUCGUAUAUCUAUCAUUGUAAAUAUUGGUCUAAAAAUACAAGUAUAAAAACGUUUUCGAGGUUUUAAUUAAAAUCCAAAAUAGGGAAAAGUUAGUUAGGACCUCCAUAUGUCUCGCUCAAUAGCGUGGACAUCGU